GGUAUAUAAUCGACAUUGAUUACCUCCUCGAGUUUUGAUUAGGUCGUUGACACUUAAAACCCAUACAAGAAAUAAAUACAUAUAUAUAAUUUCCAGAUCGAAUAUUCGAAAGAACAGAGUAACACCAGAAAGGGAUGACACAUGCCCUUCAUCGGAUCUUCUUCUUUCUUGAUUGCACAUAUAUAUAUAUAAACAUUUUGCCAAGAAGAAGACAAAACCAUAGCUUCUUGUCUGAAACGAACCAGCCAUUCUCAAGAUUUUCUCCUUUUAACAUUUUCCCGGGAACAUAUUAUGGAGUUUGAGGCAGCCAAAAAACACACCAUGGGAGAAGAAGACGAAGUAGAAGAAGAAGAAGCAGUGAUGGAUGAGAGAAUAUACGUUGCGGUAGGGAGAGAACCAGCCAAGAACAAGUCAAACCUGUCUUGGGUAUUAGAUAACUGUGAAGGCAAUAAGAUCUGCAUCGUUCUUGUUCACCGACCUGCUCAAAUGAUUCCUGUUUUGGGUACCAAAUUCGAUGCUGCAACCGUAGAUGAAGAAUUAGUAAGAGCAUACAGAGAAAAACAAAAGGCCAAAACAGAGAAGAUUCUUGAUGAGUACCUUAGAAUAUGCCUGCGGAAAGGGGUUCAAGCAGAGAAGCUGUGCGUAGAGAUGAACUCGAUCGAAAAGGGAAUUUUGCAGAUGAUUUCUGAGAACAGAGUGAGGAAGUUCAUCAUGGGAGCAGCUUCAGACAAACAUUAUUCAACUAAAAUGGAGGACCUGAGAUCGAAGAAAGCUAUCUUCGUCUGCCAACACGCGUCUGUGACUUGUCAUAUGCGGUUUAUCUGCAAAGGAUAUCUCAUCCAUACAAGGGAAGCUAGAAUGGAUGAAGUCCGAGCUCUCUCAGCUCUACUAUCUGACUUUCAGCGGCUUGUUUCCUCACAAAGUAGCACCACUUCAGAUCAAGAAAGUGGAGUUUCAAAGAGGAACAGCGAGGACGAAGAGGAGGAGGAGAGAGAAUCACGAACCAGCUCUUCUCGGUCUGCUAGUACAUUGUCAUACUUUGGAGGAUCUGAGGCUUCCUCAAGUGUAAGUGUACUGGAAGAGAAAUCAAACCGUUCAUCUCCACCCUCUUUACCGUGCACCGGGAUGGGACUGGGCAUGAUAACCUUCCUGAUUAGCUCCAUCAAACUCUGGCAAAAGCUUUCCAUCCAAAACCAUAAGCAUUGUGAAUGACCCCACCAUCACCUGAAAAGCCAAAUAAAGAAGAAGAGGACACGAACAUAAAGCUUACAAAGAUCUUGAUCACAUCUGUAAAUACAAUGUAUCUCAUAUUUGUAAACCCCAAAAUUGCGUGAGAAGAAGCUGCUUUGGGAUUUCAUCUCUCCUCCUCUUGUGAGGCUUGUAAUUCUAAAGAUAAUGGAAUUCUUCACCUUAUUUCUUAAAUUAUAAAAAAAUGCCCACCAACUAAAUGCUUUCACCAGUUCUUUAAUUAAGAGUUGUGUACAAAGGGUUGAUCACUAAAAAGAUGUAAGAAAACAAACAAAACUGCAUCCUACCUCUCGAAUUAACUGAGAAGAAAGAAAGAAAGCAGAUUGUAUAAAAA